AUGGAUGGUAUAUUCCUCCUCCCUGGCACUCCGCCCCCACCUUUGGAGAAUAUAGCAACUGGCAACUGGACACCCUUUUGCAAUCGUACAGAAUUCGAAACAGCAGAGUUCCUGUAUAUGCAAAAUCAGAUGCCGGCAGGUCAAAUUAACCGGCAUGAUUCUCUACACCGGUUGCUGGAUUUAUGGGCGUCUACCCUUGCAAAACACGAUGACAAGCCACCAUUCGCAGAUCAUCGUGAUCUGUACGACAACAUCGAUAAUUCACCAUUCAGGGACGUGAAUUGGCAAAAUUUUACAGUAACCUACGAUGGUGAGAGACCCGAAGAUGGUACCAAGCUGUGGAUGGAUGACAAAUACGAAGUCUGGUUUCAUGACCCACAUGAAGUUGUGCGCAAUAUGCUUGCAAAUCCAACAUACGCCAAUGAAAUAGACUACUGCCCCUAUCGAGAAUAUUCAACUGAGGGCGACAAGCGCCAGUGGAAGGAUUUUAUGUCUGGUGACUGGGCAUGGGAUCAGGCAGAUGAAAUAGCUAAGGGCCCGAGCACGCUCGGCUCUAUGUUUGUCCCUGUCAUCCUUGGCAGUGACAAAACGACGGUUUCAGUCGGGACAGGUAAUAACGAGUAUUAUCUGCUAUACGCCUCAAUUGGGAACAUUCGCAACAAUGUUCGACGAGCCCAUCGUGAUGGAGUAGCAGUCAUUGGCUUCCUUGCUAUGCCGAAAACUACAAAGGAACAUGCUACCAAGGCAGUGUUCCGAAAAUUCCGUCGACAGCUGUUCCAUUCGUCACUCUCCAAGAUUCUCAACACGCUGAAACCAGGCAUGACAACCCCCAAAGUCACUCGUUUUGGAGACGGUCACUACUGUCGGGUUAUAUACGGACUAGGGCCAUACAUAGCAGAUUAUGAGGAGCAAGCACUGUUAGCAUGUAUCGUGCAUGGUUGGUGCCCUAAAUGUAUGGCAUCUCGCAAGGAUCUCGACGAAGAUGUGUUACGUUGUUGUCGUGAAUACACAGAAGCACUCAUUCAAGAAGGUUCCUUAGGUGACCUGUGGGAUGACUUUGGAAUAGUUGGGGAACUUGUAGCAUUUAUGAACGACUUCCCCAGAGCUGACAUCCAUCAGAUGAUCUCACCAGAUAUUCUCCAUCAACUCAUCAAAGGAGCAUUCAAGGACCACCUCGUUGAAUGGGUCGAGAAAUACCUCAGACACAUGCAUACAAAACGAAAGGCAGAUCAAAUUAUGGAUGAUAUUGAUUGCAGAAUUGCCGCUGUCACCUCAUUUUCAGGCUUGCGACGAUUUCCACAGGGACGUGGCUUCAAGCAGUGGACAGGAGAUGAUUCGAAGGCCCUGAUGAAGGUCUACUUGCCCGCCAUCGAGGGUCAUGUACCCGUAGAUGUCAUGCGCACCUUUCGUGCACUUCUGGAAUUUUGUUACCUAGUCCAUCAUAACAUAAUCACAGAAGACACUCUAGUCGAAAUUGAAGAUGCACUCUCACGCUUUCACCAUUACCAUAACAUCUUCAGGAUGACAGGAGUGGUUCCUACCUUUUCCCUACCUCGUCAACAUUCACUCAAGCACUAUGUCCAAAACAUACAAUUCCAUUAUAAUGCACUUGGUCAAAUACUUGUGACCAACCAAUGGCUCGACAAACUUUCCGCAGCACGAGCUGACUUCACACAUUGGGGAAUGUUAACUGGUACUUGCCUCUCAGUAACUAUGGACACCUUGGAGGGCAAAAAACGCGCUCAAACUAUUCCUGCACUUGCUGAAGAACUCAAUAUUCCUAGUCUACCCAACCUCCUCAGAUGCUUCUUAUUCCAACAGUUGCAUCCUAAAGAUCCUCGCGACCCAUCUGAUAUACCCCUCGCCGAAUGUCCCCUCUAUCUUAGCAAAAUCUCGGUCUUCAAUUCCGCAUCAUCACGAUUCUAUGCACCGAGUGAUUUGAGCGGGAUCAGUGGUAUGCGUGUUGAACACAUCCGUUCUUGCCCCAUCUGGCAGAAUGAGUACCAGUGCCAUGACUGUGUUUUCGUCAACACAGACUCCAGUUUGCCUGGCAUGCAAGGCCUCGAAGUCGCCCGUGUUCAUGCAUUUUUCUCAUUCAGGUACUGGGGCAGGUUAUAUCCCUGCGCUCUAAUAAGCUGGUUCGACACAGUUGGUGACACCCCAGAUGAAGAUACAGGAAUGUGGAUAGUUCAUCCUGGAUUUGGAGCAGACAGUGCUCCAGGGUACGCGGUCAUUCAUAUUGACUCUAUUUAUCGUGCUGCACAUCUUAUUCCCAUGUAUGGCAUGCAAUUUGUGCCCCGGGAGCUCAAGCUUUAUCAUUCAUAUGACACAUUUCAAGCCUACUAUGUGAACAAAUACACUGAUCACCAUGCAUUCAAGAUUGCAUUUUGA